CCUAGGCUCCCUGUCUUUCUCUUUUGUUCGGAUGUCUCUCUUCCUCUCUCUCACCCUCUCCCGGGUGGUGUGACACUUACUUCGUUGAGCCGUCUUCAGUCAUCCCCUUCCAACAACGCUGGACACUCUCACAUCCCACACUCAACGUCCAACAACCAGCAACAAGCCUCUACGUGAGACAGCGGCAAAGAGUGCACGAGUCCGUCCUGGAACCCUAGCAUAUAUGCUUGCCGAUCACUCUCUCCCCCCCGUCCAAUGACGCCGACUCCAACAACUACCGGCGGUUCCAGUACCGUGGACUCGGGUCCGACACCAGGCAUUCCCCCUAGCGCCGACUCAGAGUCAGUGCAGACACCGACGACGUCUUUGACUACGGGGACAGCUGCGGAGACAACAACAACAGCUCCAACUCCUCAGCGGGCCGCAGCUCAGACGAGUAUCCAAUAUCUACUCAAUCCUGUCGAGGAUGAGGCCGUCGAGCCGCUCCAGGUCGAUACCGACAUUGCCAACCCCGGCGAAGAUAGCGACUCCGCCUAUGGCUCCGACAGUGGCACCGCCUACACGGGCUCCAUAACCUCCUCCAUUUUCCACUACCAGUACGAAAACGGCCGCCGAUACCACGCCUACCGCGAGGGCCAGUACGUCCUCCCCAACGAUGACCAGGAGCAGGAACGCCUGGACCUGCAGCACCACAUCUGGCGCUUGCUUCUCGGUGGCCAGCUAUACACGGCGCCGCUGCCUGCGCCGGAGGACCGGGAGGCCGCCGACAUGCGCAUCCUAGAUCUCGGCACGGGGACGGGCAUAUGGGCCAUCGAGAUGGCCGACGAGUACCCCAGCGCCCAAGUCCACGGCGUCGACCUCUCGCCCAUCCAGCCGGAAUGGGUCCCGACCAACUGCAAGUUCCACGUCGACGACUACGAGGACGCCUGGACGUACCGCGAGGAUGAGCGCUUCGACUACAUCCACGGCCGCGCUCUCAGCGGCACCUCGUCCGACUGGGCGCGGUUCUACGACCGCGUCAUGGGCGGGCUGAAGCCCGGCGGAUGGGUCGAGAUGCAGGAGUACGACGCGUGGAUCUUCAGCGACGACGACAGCUUCGAGAGGGCCGUGUGGACCAAGGAGUGGGUCACGAAGCUGGACGAGGCGAGCAAGACCUACGGCAAGCAGAUCAACGUCGCGAGGCACCACAAGCAAUGGAUGAUCGAAGCGGGCUUCGAGGAUGUGCAGGAGCUUGUGUACAGGAUACCAAUCGGCCCCUGGGCAAGGGAUCCAGCCCUGAAGGAGCUUGGCCGUUGCGAGCUGGUUCACAUGCAGAUGUCCGUCGACUCACACACGCCGGCACUCUUCACUCGGGUCUUGAACUUCACUCACGAACAAGCCCAAGUACUGAUGGAGGGCGUCAAACGAGAGUUCCGCAGCAAAGACUACAGGCUCAUUACUAGCUACCGCUUCAUCAGGGGGAGAAGGCCGAUGGCGUGAGAUCGAUCGUCUAAUGACUUGGUGUUCUACCCCAUUCUACAAACGACUUGGGAGUUGGUAUGUUCAUGUAGUGGGUUUCCUCAUGAGCAGUACACAGCAGUACCUAGCAUCAGCCCUUGGAAGUUUCAGUCUCACAAGAGCAAGCACAUAUCGACACGGCCUACUGUUUUCAAACAAUGUCAACUGGAAUGGAAAGUAGAAUGAAAGAUGACAGAGAUGAUUGAAAACUGGUCUUAGGUUUAUUACCAUCAAGUAGACCUAUCCUGGACUUACUCCCUUAAGACGCACGGAG